AUGCUACUACUCAACACUUUUCGCCGUCCCCUUGGGGCUGCCAUGCUUGCCUCGAAACCCCUGGCACGCACCUUCUCCGCAGCCCCGGCAAUCAGGUCGCCAAUCUUGCGGCAGGCAUUUCGCCGCCCAGCAUCCCCGAAGGUGCAGUUCCAGUCAAAGCGGUUCUUUACAACUGAGCCGGCGGUGAUGGCACGGCCACCUCGUGCGGAGGCCAUGCAGAGGCUUGCAUACGCUGGAGCUUUGUUUGGUGGAACCUUGAUCGCAGCGAACCUUCUGUUUAACCGGGAAACCCGAGAAAAUGCUAUCCCGGCUUUUGAGAAAGAGUACCUACAUGAGACUUUUACAUACACUGGUGUCGGUGUUGCAAUGAUUGGUCUUGCUGCGAAAGGCCUUCAUAAUGCCGGAUGGAGUUACAGACUUAUGACUGCAAACCCAUGGAUGGUCCUCGGUCUCGGUCUUGUGGCUAGUGUUGGUACCAUGCUGGGCACUCGGAUGACUGACCCAGAUAACUACAUCCAAAAGCACGUCCUAUGGACCGCUUUCAACCUUAGUCAAGCUGCUCUUCUCGCCCCAAUGUACUUCUACAACCCUGCGAUUCUUGCACGUGCGGGUCUAUACACCGUUGGUGUUAUAGGAUCAAUUGCAUUUGUUGCCGCGACCGCAAAGGAGGAUAAAUACCUCUACCUCGGAGGCCCUCUUCUCGCUGGUGUCGCAGUCGUUGCUCUUUCUGGACUUGCGCCAAUGGUUCUUCCUCUUGGAUCUAGAGCAUUGGUGGGCGCCGAAGCUCUUUGGUUGAUGGCCCAGAUGGGAUUGAUCAAGAAGGACACCGUUAAUGAGAGCAUCAGUCUUGAGCUGGACUUUAUCAACAUCUUUGUAAGGAUGGUUCAGAUUCUGGCAAACAGGCAGAGCAACAAUGGAAAGAGAUAG